AUGGUCUUAAAGAAACAAGAUGCCAUCAGCUACGUCAUAACGACAUUGGGUUGGCUGAGUACAAUCAUGAGCUGUGUGCUGCCUGUUUGGAGGGUGAUACUUACAGAUGAUGAGACAAACCCAGAUGCCAGCAUUUGGGAGGGUCUGUGGCACAUGUGCCAGGAUCAGGGAAACGGCCAGAUACAGUGUACUUGGUAUGGUACCCGGAUACUAGUAACACAGGACCUAAAGGUGUCUCGAGUCUUUAUGGUCUUCUGCGCCAUUGGAACCUGGCUGGGACUGCUGCUGUGCAUGGUUGGGGGUGAUUAUAUGUAUGUGUGGAGAAUAUCCAUUUGUAACAUCAAUCUUUUCAGUGGUUUCAAUUUCAAAGUCUUGAAUGUAGCCGGUGGCAUGUUCCUUAGUGCUGGCCUUCUGAUGCUGAUACCCCUGUCCUGGGUAACACACAACAUCAUGCAUGGCUUCUUCAACCCAUUGUUGGGUGACUUGAAGAAGGCAGAGAUGGGUGUUUCACUCUACCUGGCCUGGACCAGCUCUGUGCUGCUAUUGUUGGGAGGCAUCUUGCUCUGUGUCGACAUCAAAUUAUUCAGUGACAUCCCGGAUUACAGUUCUUCAGAAUCAAACAGCAAUACCUCAGAUGUCUGA